GGCUGUCACCGAGCGGUGCCGCCGCCGAGGAUGUGGCUGUACGUGGUGGCCGUGCUGCUGGGGCUGCUCCUGCUGCGGCGCUGGCACCGGGAGCGGCAGACGGUGCCGCGGCUCUGGGAGAAGCACGUGCUGAUCACAGGAUGUGACAGCGGCUUCGGGAACCUGCUGGCGCGGCAGCUGGACGCGCGGGGGCUGCGGGUGCUGGCCGCCUGCCUGACCGAGGCCGGGGCCGCGCAGCUGCGGGCGGCCACCUCCAGCCGGCUGCAGACCGUCCUGCUGGACGUCACCUCCAGCAAGAGCAUCGCCCACGUCACCGCCUGGGUCCGGGAGCGUGUGGGUGACCAAGGGCUCUGGGGGCUGGUGAACAACGCAGGGAUCGCCAUCCCCACCGCCCCGAACGAGUGGCUGACCAAGGAGGACUUUGUCAAGGUGCUGGAUGUCAACCUGGUGGGGCUGGUGGAGGUGACACUGAGCCUCCUGCCGCUGGUGCGGCGGGCGCGGGGCCGCGUGGUCAACGUGGCCAGCGUGAUGGGCCGCGUGUCCUGCUUCGGUGGUGGGUACUGCAUCUCCAAGUUCGGCGUGGAAGCCUUCUCUGACAGCCUCAGGCGGGAGCUGCGUCCCUUCGGGGUGCAGGUCUCCAUCAUCGAACCUGGAGGCUUCCAGACGGGAAUGAUCGACCCCGCCCCGCUGGUGAGGGGCUUCGUUCGCCUCUGGGAGCGGCUCCCGGCAGAAGCCCAGGCAGCCUACGGCCGCCACUACCUGGACAAAUAUGCCAAGAGCACCACGCUGCUGCACCGCCUGAGCAGCUCCCGCCUGUCGCUCGUCACCGAUGCCAUGACACACGCGCUGCUGUCCCGCUGCCCCCGCAGCCGCUACGCCGCCGGCUGGGACGCCUGGCUCAUCUUCCUGCCCCUCAGCUACUGCCCGGCCUGGCUGGCCGACACCAUCCUUAGCUUCUUCCUGCCCAUCCCGGCCAGCGGGAUCCCCUGAUGGACAGGGCGCCCGCGGGUGUCUCACGGCCUCGAGAACGUGCUCAGUAAAGG